AUGGCUGAAUGCACUUUCUCCAGUUUCUUCUAUGGCACAUUGAUGCAUCCAAAGAUUCUGAAACGCGUUAUUGGGAACGACGCGUCACAUCUCCAGAUCGCGCCUGCUGUUCUCUUCGAGCAUACGCGGCACAAAGUCAAAUAUGCUGAUUACCCAGGUGUUGUUCCUUACCGUAAAGGUCAAACCCUCUUCACCCGAGAGCUGACGCACGAAGAGCGUUGCGUGCGAGGAACCAUGGUCACUGGGCUGACUAGUCAAGAUAUGACCUGCUUAGAUUACUUCGAAGGAAAUGAAUACAGCAGGUGUAGUAUAGAGAUCCAUCCUCUUCAGCCCCUCAUCGAUAUUCCUGCAUACGAUGUCGCCUUAGACGAUAAGUCUUUGGUUCCCGCUGACCCGCCGCCACUUCCUCCAACCUCUGAGCUCCUCCCAGCAAUCCCUGCGCAGACGUACAUCUACAAUGACCUAGAAAAUUUGGAAGCCGAUCUAUGGUCAUUCGAAGAUUUCAUCAAGAACAAUGCUUGGAAAUGGUAUGGUGACGCUUCCAAUGACAAUCCCGAUAUUACAGAAGUAGAUCGACGGAGAGAACUGGGGACGACCAGUGCGGUAGAGGGUACAAUAGAAGUCCUAGCCUGA